UCACUCCCAUCGCUAGCAGGAGGCAUCCAGAGCGGCUGUGUCACUCGGAAGGAAACAUCUUCGUCAGGGAUUCUGUGGGUUUUUUAGGGCUCAAGAAAAACCUAGCGACAUCCUUCCCGUCAUUUGGAAGAAAGGUGCCUGAAUUAUUUGCGUUUUAUCGGAUCUAGAUCAAUAUUCACGGACUGAUGCGGCCAUGGCAAGUCUCGGUGUCAGCUUUAUCGAUACCCGCCUGCAACAUCUGAAGGAUACAAAGUGAAAGAUAAAUUAUAAUUGAGUAAGUUUAUCUGAUCUCGGCAGACUUCAUCUGUGCGCAUGCGAGAUAACACUUCUGCGCUCUGGAUAUGCUGAUGUGAACUGAUAUAGACUGAAUGUCUGUCCAAGAUAAUGUGAUUUUGUCUUUCCAUAGACAUUUUUCUGUGACAUUAUCAUCGGCGAGUCUAAAACGGGGACUAAUUUGUGCCAUUUGCCUUGUAAAGUGUUUUUAAACGGCACAUUUGAUGGUUAUUGAACGGAUAUCUUCAUCUACAAUCAGCUGACCACCUCUGAAUUCAUUGCAUUGGAAGAGAUAACCUGGAGUUUUCCUUUAUUUGCUUAAACAGAAGCUUAUUCGGAACCCAGAUACUUCCUCUUGUGUUAAAGGAGCCUAUAAGGAUCGUGGUUGAACAGUUAACGGGAUCUGGGAGAUGUCAGGCCGGCCUAGGACCACCUCAUUUGCGGAGAGCUGCAAGCCAGUGCCGCAGCCUUCAGCCUUUGGCAACAUGAAAGUCAGCAGAGAUAAAGAUGGCAGUAAAGUUACAACAGUGGCUGCGACCCCCGGUCAGGGACCCGACCGACCUCAGGAGGUCAGCUACACGGACACGAAGGUCAUCGGGAACGGCUCGUUUGGGGUCGUAUAUCAAGCGAAGCUGUGCGACACCGGAGAGCUGGUGGCCAUAAAGAAGGUGCUGCAGGAUAAAAGGUUUAAGAAUCGUGAGUUACAGAUCAUGAGGAAGUUGGAUCACUGUAACAUUGUCCGUCUGCGCUACUUCUUCUACUCCAGCGGAGACAAAAAGGAUGAGGUGUAUCUGAAUUUGGUGAUGGACUACGUGCCUGAAAACGUGUACCGAGUGGCCAGACACUACAGCAGAGCCAAGCAAAAUCUGCCCAUGGUCUAUGUGAAGCUGUACAUGUACCAGCUGUUUCGCAGCUUGGCGUACAUCCACUCAUAUGGGAUCUGCCAUCGAGACAUCAAGCCGCAGAACCUCCUGCUCGACCCAGAGACAGCUGUACUCAAACUCUGUGACUUUGGAAGUGCUAAGCAGCUGGUGCGUGGUGAGCCUAAUGUUUCCUACAUCUGCUCGCGCUACUACAGAGCCCCUGAGCUCAUUUUCGGGGCCACGGACUAUACUUCCAGCAUAGACAUUUGGUCGGCGGGCUGUGUACUGGCCGAGCUGCUGCUUGGACAGCCGAUUUUUCCUGGUGACAGUGGCGUCGAUCAGCUCGUUGAAAUCAUCAAGGUGCUGGGAACUCCUACACGAGAGCAGAUCCGGGAGAUGAACCCAAAUUAUACUGAAUUCAAGUUUCCACAGAUAAAGGCACACCCGUGGACUAAGGUUUUCCGUCCCCGGACCCCUCCGGAGGCGAUAGCUCUGUGUUCCCGAUUGUUGGAGUACACGCCUACGGCUCGAUUCACUCCUCUGGAGGCCUGCGCUCACACUUUCUUCGACGAGCUCCGUGAGCCCAACCUCAAGCUCCCGAAUGGAAGAGAGCGGCCUGUGCUGUUUAAUUUCACUACACAGGAGUUGUCCAGUAACCCCUCGCUGGCCUCCGUACUUAUUCCUGCACAUGCUCAGAACCAGGCGGAAAACUCUUCCCAGUCUGCCUUGGCUGCAACAGGUGCCAACAGUGGUGAUCGUGGUCCGAACACCAACGCUGCCUCUGCCACCCCUAAUCCUUCAACUUGAACCCCAUCCACCCGACAAUGGGCCACUUUUACGCUGCUGCUUAUUAGCCACGCCCACUCCCGGGGUCAAAGGCGUGGCUAAAACUAACCGAAAAGCUCAUGAUAUGAUGGAUGCACCAAACCAAACCUUCCUCCAGUCAUUGUCUUUGUUUUUAUUAUUAUUAUUUUUUAUUUAUUGUUCUAAAUGACGAAUCGAGGGCUCAGAAACACCGCCUCAGGAUUAUCUACGGUGAUGUUUGACAAUUCUCUCUCUCUCUGUCUCUCUUUUUCUCUAUAUAUACACUUAUAUAAACCGUUACACAUACAAAUAAGUUUUCAUAUGUCUACUUUGACAUUUUUUAAAGGGAAAUCUGUAUGCUGUAGCCGCUGCUUCUUUUAUAAUUGUCUCGGGCCCCUUUGCUUGUCACCUAUGGGUAGAGACAAAGACUUUGAAUAUGAGCUGACACAGACGGCGCAGGUGGGAUACAAGAAAGCUGGUUUCUGAUUGGUCGAUACGACCAAAUCUUUAACAGCAUGGACUGAUUUCCAGGGCUUGUGUACAUUCUGUAGACUAUGUGAAAUAUAUGCUAAUGACUUUUGCCUUUUCCCUCAGUAUUGGGCAGAUAUGUUGUAUGCUUAAGCUGUAUGCUGCUGUGUGCUGCUGUGUACCUCAUUGUUUUCCACCACUUUUGAAAGAGUGACAUUAUCCAUUCGUUUCCUGCUCGUCUUCCUCUUUCCCGUUGUAUAAUACUUCACUGAACUCUACGGAUGUUGACACACGUAAUAUCGGAUCAUUUUUUUGUGAGCGAGUGUGUGUGUGUGUGUGUGUGUGUGUGUGUGUGAGCGCAUGCUGUAAGUCUUAUGUCUAAAAAUACUGUAUGCUGAUUAGUGAGCUAAACGAAAUAAGCACGAAAUUAAGGAAAAUAAUAAUCAGGACCUUAAAGGGAUAGUUCAGCCAAAAAUGAAAAUUCUGUCAUUAAUUACUCACCCUCAUGUCCUUCCAAACCCUUAAGACCUUCGUUCAUCUUUAAGUUAAGUAAUUAAGUAAUUUGUGUUCCGAAGAUGAACGAAGGACUCGCGGGUUUGGAACGACAUGAGGGUGAGUAAUUAAUGACAGGAUUUUCAUUUUUGGGUGAACUAUCCCUUUAAAACUGAACAUAUGAACAGGUUUCUGCACCGCAAAUUCCAGCCUAAAGAAAGAGAUGUCGGGUUUAGUUCUCAAAAUCGUGUCAUUUUGUGUUAGUAUUUAGCAGGAAUGAGCAGCUGAAAGCGGUUUGAAACCCUUAACCAUCUGGACUGCUCCGUCAGGGAAACUGACACUAAUGAUGAGGCUGAAGAAGAUAAGCUGAGAACGCUUUCUCUACAGUAGGCCUACAUUCGCUUCCAUUUCUUGUUGUUUUUCUUCCUCUCGCUCUCUUUAGUGUCCCCUAGUGUUAGUGGAAGUGCACAGCCGAGGCUGUUGUAUCUUGUUCCUCCGAACACAGUCGUGAAUUAGUCCAGAAGAGUCACUUCAGACUUUAUGUCUCCCAAAAGUGCUGUUGAAAGAAUAUCCAUCUGUUUUGUUGCACAGUUAAAGCGAUAAUUCACCCAUAUAUGAAAAUAAGCAUUGUUUGCUCACACUCAGGUUGUUAAGUUAACUAUUUCUAACUCUCAAAUACUGUGUUGUGGUCAAAUUUGAAGACACUUAGUUUCACUGAAAUAAAACCUAAUGUGACACCCAAUGUGAUUUGCCAUAUUUUAAUAUACAGGAACAAAAUUGAGAUUUUAAAGCUGUAGCUGAGAAUGUUUUUGCCUUUUUUUUUUUUUUGUAGCUUAAAAGUUGAUCUCCAACCACUUUCAUUGUAUGGAAACGAUUCAGCAUCUCAGUAAAAUUAUUAUUAUUUUAUUUAUUUAUUUACUUUUUUCCUACAUGAAAGAAAAAGUACAAUAUGAAGGAGAGUAAUUGAUGACAAUAGUUUUUGGGUGAAUUGUCCCUUUAAUGUUGUUCUUUUGAACUUGUUUUUAAUUACCAACUAUUAAAAUAAUAUGAUAUUGUAUGAAGGUGCUCCAUCACUCUCAGUAUAGCGUGUAUUGAAAUGAUCAUUUGUUUAAAUAAUGUAUGUUUGGCGAAGGGAACUUGAGAUAAAUUUUUGUUCAGGUCAGUUCACUGUCAUAGCAGGGAAAAUAGAUUUAACAUUGUUUUUCUUUCUUUUCUUUCUUUUUUAUGCUUUUAACUCAAGGUUUCAGAAUGACUUUCUCUUAAUCAUCCUCUUGUUGGAGGAAUUUAUUGUACGUUCUUUUAACUGAUAUGAAAAAUCUUAUAUUUACAGGGUUUUUUUAAAAAUCAUUUUUGUUUUUUAUGAUAAUAUGUGAGAAUACAGUGUCAUGUAUCUACAGUAUUAACAAAUUAUUUUGCAAUGUAUUUUUGAUUUGUGUUUGGGGUUUUGUAAAAUACUUUCAGCAGCACUUAAAGGGAGUGAUGUCAUGUAGCACGACAACCUUUUUCAUAAGCUUUAUUCAAAUGUUUUUAAGUACAUCCUUGCACAUAAAGCCAGUGCUGUUGGCAGUCACGUCGCUUCACGAUUUCCUCAGCAUGUAAAGUAUCACAUUUCUCAGUGACUCAUAUUUGAGACGAAUAUGAGAUGAAAGGGGAAAUGGAGAAAUAUACAAACGUGACUGUUGGUAGCCAUAAGAGUUAAACAACAGCUACCAAAACGUAAAACAUAAACCUGAAACAGCUAUUGAUUAUAAUUUUGUUUUAUUUUUCUCUUUACGUGACAGUAUGUUGAACGUUACACUGAUGUGUGUUCUGUCUCUUGUGUGUUCUGGUUCAGAGAAGUCACCUGAUACUGUACUGCAUUGAAUAAAGUGUAUUUUAGCCUCAC